GCCUCAUGUAAAGCAGAUACAGGAGUUCCUCUGUGUGUGUGUGUGUGUGUGUGUGUGUGUUUCAUUUGACAAGCGACUGAAGAAAGCAGCAGUAAAUAUCUGAACUCAUGGGUUCGACCCUCGUACGAUCACACACUGGCCCUGUGUGAUGAACAACCUGGAAACUCCCCAGCUCAGAGUUUCUGUCACUCAGGAGGCAUCAUCUCCGAUCACAUGACCACGCCUCUUCCUGUCUGUCGUCCAUGCAGAAGCACUCCCACCCUAAGCCGUUCCCGGGGGACAUCGUGGAGUAUCCCAGGAACAAAUACUUCUCUCAUUUCGCCGUGUACUACGGAGAGCGGGACGGCGUUCCCUACGUCGCUCAUCUGACAUGUCGAGAUUCAGACGCCAAGCUGCCGCUGUUCGGCCGAGCUCUGAGGUCAGAGGUCAAGCUGGAUCCGCUGGAGCUGCUGGGGAAAAAGUACAAGGUCAACAACAUGCUGGACGACUCAUUCUCAGCCAGAGACUUCCACGGCGUGGUGAAGCCCGCCAUCGACGACAUGAUGGGACGCGAGGUGACGUUCGAUAUCCUGUUUCACAACAGCGAGCACCAGGCGACGCUCUUCAGAUACGGAGUGAAGAAGUCAGAGCAGAUAGAGAAGAUUUAUGAACACAUCAUGCCCGCCUGGAAGAAGCUGUUUGAGGAGAAAAAACUGUGAAAACUCCUCAAUGUUCAGUUCUCAUCUCAGCCACCGGAGGGCGCCGCCGUGUCCUGUUGUGUUCAUUACGACAGAAUUUGUCGUCACGUAGUUGUCACUUUAAGAGCGAAGUUGAGCGAUGUCGUCAUGACUUUGAGGAUAAAAAGGUUGGAAUGUUUCCAGAAUGAAGUCGUAACAUGAGGAGAAUUUUAAAAAGUCUUAAUUCUGAGAGAAAACGUCGUACUAUGACGAGAAAAAAAGAGAUCACCUGUGCCGUUACGACUUAAUGAUCAUAACAUUUAUUCAAAAUGAGUAUUUUUGAAAUGGAAACGUUCCGUCAUCAGUAAAGAAAUCUUCAUGUCUCUGUCCUCUCUGGACUUUAUCAUACAGAAAUGUUUGGGGGGUUUUUUUUGCAUGUUUGCUUCGUCUUUAGUCAAAAUAUUUGUAACUUGUGCAGGAAAAGCAGGUACAUGACGUCCUGCUGGUGCCACGUUUCAAAUGUUUGAUGUUUCUUUUUCUCAUAUUUCAUUCUUUGAUGGUUGUCUUUUCUUUUUGUGUCUCUGCCUUUCCUUCAAUAAAACUUUAUUAGCCAACACUCCCAGACAAUCCAACC